UAUAUAGUAAAAUUUUAAAAUACCAACUUGAUAAAAUUUUCAAAAAUCAAACUAAUUCCUAGACGUUUGGUGUUUCCGUAGUUCUUAAAUUUUACAUCCGGAGUCAACAAGUGAACUGAAAAAAUUUAAAUAACGGAAGCAACCUAAGAGAACCAACCCACCUGUGUAGACCAUCGGCGUUCUAAGAUUUGACCUGUAACAACAAAAAACUUUGUUAGUGAAACUAGGAAGUGCCUUGAUUUUUACUACUCAUAAAAACCAAACCAGACAUUCACCAAAACAUCUGGGGCAUCAGAAAUUACCAAGUGUAGACAGCCACCAGCAUAUUCAUGCAUCAGAGUGUGGAUGAAAAAUAACCAAAUAUGAUCUGUGUUUGACACAUUGAGUAACGUGCUCGGAUAGAGUUCCUUUUAAGGCUCUAAGUGUAGCCACGGAAAUUCCGUGAACUUAAGGACUCUUUUCUACAGAAAAUUACUAAAUUUUCGGCAUGGCUCCGAACAACACCGGCGACAGAAGCCAGAUGAGCUGGGACCAACUCGUAGCUCCCUGCGGCAGACAACAACUCCCGCCCGCCAAACACAAAGUCGAGACCAACAACAGACUUGGCACGUACAAUGCGGCCGUAACGCCGCUGCUCGUCCUCAUGAUGGGCAUCGCCUGCGGAACUUAUGCCUACAAAGACUUCCCCCUAGACCCCAGAGUUAAAGGAUGGCUCUUAAUAGAGAACCCAAUAGGCAUGCUUGUAAUUUCUGUCACUUACAUCCUGGCGUCGGUGGUCUGGGGACCGAGGUGGAUGGAGGGGAGGAAGCCCAUGCAGCUCAAAGGCGUCAUGAUCGCUUACAACUUUUUUCAGGUGGUCUUCUCCUUGUACAUGUUCGUUGAGACAGGACUUGUGGGUUGGUUCUUCGACUACAAUUAUCGCUGCCAGCCUUGCGAUUACUCAUUGAGUAACAAAGCCGUCAGGAUGACCAGAGUGGCUCAUUGGUUCUUCCUCUCCAAACUACUAGAUUUCGUCGACACGGCCCUGUUCAUCCUCAGAGGCAAACUGAGUCAAGUGACAAUGUUGCAUGUCAUCCACCACAGCUGCAUGUUCAUGUCUAUGUGGUUCGGCAUCCAUCACACUCCAGGCGGCCACAUCACAUUCAUGGGUUUCUUGAACACGUUCGUACACACGGUCAUGUACACGUACUACCUGCUAGCAGCGUUCGGGCCGCGCAUGCAGCCAUACCUCUGGUGGAAAAGAUACCUCACCAAGCUGCAGUUGACGCAGUUCGUCCUCAUCUUCCUGCAUGCUGCUCAGUUGCUGGUGUUCCCGUGUGAAGGAGUUCCUACGAGCCUGGUCCUAUGGACGCUCCUGUACGCCUUCAUCUUCUUCGCCCUCUUCAUCAACUUCUACGUCAGGGCUUACCUCUUUGGCGAGGAAAAGCCGAAACCUUCAUCUGCCGCUCCUGUAAAGGCCAAGGACUCGGAGGACUCGUUCUCGUCCAGCAAGAACAUCCUCAUCUCCAACGGCCCCAGCCAUCCUUCAGAAGCCAACGGCCGCAUCGCCCAAUUCAUGGAGAGCAGAACCAAGCAUCGCAUUCCCACCGGAGCAACGAUGACCAAUUGAAACCUCUAAGCCUUGUAC